GAUUAGUUGGUGGGAUGAAACGGAGUGUCAUGCGAAAUGUCAAGAUGGAGUCCAAUUGUCACUUCUUCCUGAUUGUUGUGCGAUAAUUAUAGUGAUUUUCUCUGUGUUUUUCGCCACUGUGCCACCAUUUGAGGCUUCCAGGGUGCUCCGUGUGCUGUCCGGCAGUGCUACAGUGUGGAAAAAGUGCCCCCGUGGCGUGAAAUUGUGCGGAAAUUUGGGUAAAAGUCUGCGGUGUAGCAAGAAGUGUGUGUUUGGGCCUUUUGUUUAGCCCGGAAAACCCUCAACGGUCCAUCCGAGGGGGGCUCAAGGGGGUUUUGUGCCCUCAAAUUGAUGUAUUAGCAGUCAGAGGACGUUAAAUGCGGGGCAGGAAUGGAGUUUUUGGGAAGGAUUUUGGUAAAUAUGUUACUAUUCUAUGUGAUUUAGCGGAUAAGUGUGCAGUAAAAAGUGAAAUUACAUAGAAAAAAUUUAAAAAAAAAUAAAAGUAGAAAAGAGAAAAUAAAUAAAUAAAGAGAAAUAGAGAGAGAUGUCGGGGAGUAGUGCAACAUCCCCAAAGGCAGAUGAGCCCAAAGUGGCUCCAGCCUCUCCAGUGGCGGCUAAACUCACAUCCCCCAUUAAGGGCUCCCCACCGGGGGAUGAGAAGCCCCAGCAGACGACAAACAGCAAGCAUGAAUUUACCUUUGUGCGUCCACCUGAAGCACCCACCUUUCGGCCUUCCCUCGAUGAAUUCAAGGAUCCCCUCGCGUACAUCAAUAAAAUACGCCCCACAGCUGAACGAUUUGGGAUCUGCAAGAUCAUUCCGCCAUCGUCAUGGUCACCCCCAUUUACUCUCGAUGUUGACCGUAUGCGCUUCACACCACGCGUACAGCGUCUCAAUGAACUCGAAGCCAAGACACGGAUUAAAUUGAAUUUUUUGGAUCAAAUUGCAAAAUUCUGGGAACUUCAGGGUUCAAUGCUGAAGAUUCCCCUUGUUGAGCGUCGUGCCCUGGAUUUGUACAGCCUAUACCGGGAGGUACAAGCUGAGGGGGGUAUUGAAGUGGCCUGCCGUGAGAGGAAAUGGUCAAAGAUUGCAUGUAGAUUGGGGUAUCCACAGGGGAAGAGUGUUGGGACAAUACUCAAGAGUCACUACGAGAGGAUUCUCUAUCCAUUCGAAUUGUAUACAACGGGAAAGAGUGUUGAUUUGAAAUUGGAGGCAGACAGUGAGGAUUGUGACUAUAAACCCCAUGGGAUUGUAUCGCGACAACAGGUGACACCACCAAUUGAGACAACAGCACGACGUUCCAAGAGAUUCAUGCAGAAUAAUACGCCCAGCAAUGGGACAACGGCGGUUAAAAGUGAAAUUAAAAAGGAAGAAGAUAAAGUCAAAACAUUGGAUGAGGAUACAAAGGAUUUCGUAACGACGACGACGACGACGACAAAGGAGUCAUCACCAGGGAAGAGGUAUCAAAUCCCACAAUCACGUAUGGGUGGUGCAAGAAUGGGUGGUCCACGAGGUGGGAAACGAAGUGGUAUUGCAGCAGAUCCAUUGGCAAAGUAUAUUUGUUUAAAUUGCACACGUGGUGAUGCUGAGGAAGCCAUGCUCCUGUGCGAUGGAUGCGAUGACUCGUAUCACACCUUCUGCCUGAUGCCUCCGCUCCACGAGGUGCCCAAGGGUGAUUGGCGUUGCCCAAAAUGUGUCGUGGAGGAGGUGAAUAAGCCCAUGGAGGCAUUUGGGUUUGAGCAGGCGCAACGGGAGUAUAAUCUCCAUCAAUUUGGAGAUAUGGCUGAUGCCUUUAAAAGUGACUACUUCCGUAUGCCCGUAAAUCGUGUGCCCAUUGAUACGGUUGAAUAUGAAUUUUGGCGUAUUGUUUCGUCAAUUGAUGAAGAUGUUACAGUGGAGUAUGGAGCUGAUCUCCAUACAAUGGAUCAUGGGAGUGGUUUUCCCACACGGAGUGCCCUGUAUUUGCAUCCGAGUGAUCAGGAGUACGCUGAAUCAAGUUGGAAUCUCAAUAAUUUGCCCCUGUUGGAGGAUUCCAUUUUGGGGCAUAUUACAGCUGAUAUAAGUGGCAUGAAGGUCCCAUGGAUGUAUGUUGGGAUGUGUUUUGCGACAUUUUGUUGGCACAAUGAAGAUCAUUGGAGUUAUUCCAUCAAUUACUUGCACUGGGGUGAACCAAAGACGUGGUAUGGGGUACCUGGGUCCCAAGCUGAACGUUUCGAACAAACAAUGAAGCGUGAAGCACCGGAGUUAUUUGCCAGUCAACCCGAUCUCUUGCAUCAACUUGUCACAAUAAUGAACCCUAAUGAGUUGAUGAAUAAUGGGGUGCCUGUGUAUCGGACUGAUCAGCAUUCCGGGGAAUUUGUCAUCACCUUCCCACGGGCAUACCAUGCUGGCUUCAAUCAGGGCUACAAUUUUGCCGAAGCGGUGAAUUUUGCACCGGCCGAUUGGCUAAAGAUGGGUCGUGAAUGCAUCAAUCACUACAGUACACUACGACGUUUCUGUGUCUUUUCGCACGAUGAAUUGGUGUGUAAGAUGGCCCUUGAGCCAGAUAAGCUCAACAUGGGCAUAGCGACGGCGUGCUUCCUCGAUAUGGCCGAAAUGGUGGACACGGAGAAGAAGUUGCGCAAGUCCUUGCUCGAGUGGGGCGUCACGAAUGCCCUAAGGGAACCAUUUGAACUUCUACCCGAUGAUGAGAGGCAAUGUGAAUGCUGCAAAACAACAUGCUUCCUCUCUGCCGUACAAUGUGGCUGUAGUCAGGCACUUGUCUGCCUCAGGCACUACACGGAAUUGUGCAAGAAAUGCCCACCAGCGGCUCUAACGCUUAAAUAUCGCUACACCCUCGAUGAAUUGCCCCUCAUGCUGCGGAGGCUGAAAGCUAAAGUUGAAACUUUUGAGAGAUGGGUUCAACGUGUCCGUGGUGCAAUGGUGCCGUCAGGGAGUGAGAAGAUCACAAUUGAGGAACUCCAAUCACUCGUAUCGGAGGCAAAGGAGAAACACUACCCAUCAUCAACGAUGUUGGAUUGUUUGGUGGAGAAUUUGAAUGAAGCCAAUAAGUGUGUGCGUGUGAUUCAGCAGUUAAUCUACUACCAGGAACGUGCUCAGGCGAAGGCAUCGGAUACCCCAUAUAGAUUGACGCUGGAUGAAUUGGAUUUGUUUGAUCAUGAAAUUAGCAAUCUCUGCUGCACCAUUGGGGAUACGUCGAUUGUCCGGGAGCUCUAUCGGACGGGUAUGAGGAUAACUGAGCGUGCAAAUGAAAUGCUAACGAGUCCCUUGGGGGCAAUUGAUCCCAUCGUCAUGAGGGAGACAAUUGAUGAGGGAAGUGUAACAUGUUUGGAUCUUCCGGAAAUUGAGCAACUACGCGUACGCUACCGGCAAGUUGAUCUGUAUGCACGUAUUGUGACAACAAAGGCAGCUGAUGGGGAUCAAGUGGCUGCCCUCAAAGCACUCCUGCAGGAAGGUUUGAACAUCAGUCCGGAGCCACAGCUUGAGGAGCAAUUGAGUGAGAUUCAUUUGUUGAUAAAGCAAGCCGAUGAGUGGACUGAAGAUGCAAAAGAAAUCCUCGAGGGUGGGACAUUGAUACAAAUGUCUCAAGUACGUCGUCUUGUUGAUCGUUGUGAUGAUUUUAUCAUUGGCACGGCAUAUGGGAUGCGUUUGCAGGAGAAUUUUGAACGUUACACCACAUGGAUUGAUUUGUACAAGAAAAUGUUGGCAAAGAAGGAGUAUCCGUAUCUCAAGACUGUCGAGGAAGCCGUUGUAAUUGCAUUGGAUAUUGAAUUUCGUACGCCUGACAUUCAGGAGCUGCUGACGCACUUCAAGGCAGCCCUGAAGUGGCGUAAAUUCGUCAAUAGGGCCUUUGUGCGCAAAUCCACGGGUUUCUCCCUCAUUGAUAUCCUCCCGCCGCGUACGUCGGCAAUUAUGCCGGCAACAGAGAUGGGUGCAACGGCAAAGGAUGUUGAUGAAGAAGAUGAUUGGGGGGUUAAUGAUGACAUGACACCCGCAGAGGCCAUUGAAUCCUUCAAGCGUGGCGAAGAGAAGGAACGUUUGGAUAUGUUGGCAUUACGUGAGAAAAAUUCCACCAAGGACAUCACAAAGGAUACCUUUUGCAUUUGCCAGGAGGAAUUCAAUGAAAAAACAAUGAACAGGUGCCAAUUAUGCCUCGAUUGGUUCCACUACACAUGCGUCCCAGCAGCAAGGUCAAAAGCCCCAGCACGUGGUUACGAUUGGGCUGAUCCCUCAAUGCCAUCCACAUCAGCGGCUGCCAUGAAAUCUUUGGGUGGUAUUGAGGGUGAAGUUCGUUUCCUCUGUACAUCAUGUCAACGUUCACGACGUCCACGGUUAACGUGCAUCCUGCGUCUCCUGCAAGCACUCAAAGAUAUUCCAAUUCGUAUCCCUGAAGGGGAAGCACUGCAGUAUCUUGCAAAACGCGCCAUUGAUUGGCAAGAACGUGCCAAUCACAUCUUGGAUAGUGAUGAAGUUAUUUCGGUGCUGAAGAAAAUUUCUGGGAAUUCAGGGAAGCAAGAUGAGGAGGAUGCAGCAGUAGCUGUGGCAGCAGCAGCAGCAGCAGCAUCAACAACCACGGCGUCAGGGAAGAAGGAUACAAAAGGGGAGAAAGGUGGUAAAGCAGGGGGAAGAGGAGAAAUUGAACAUGCCUACUCCGUGGCACCUCCAGGUGGUACAGAUGCAGCCCCAAAACCCGAAGCGGAGGUAAAACUCUCACCAGAGGCACUACAGAUGUUGGAUAAUUUGCUCUUUGAAGCGAACCUCAUUGAAGUCACGACGGAGCAGAGUGUCCUCAUCUGGAGGAUACUCAAGCGUGAGAAGAAGGAUGGCUACCGUAGCUACUACAGUCCCGAGUACGAGGAGAGCGAAUGGGGCAGCCCGGGGCCGUGGACACGCGACAAGGAUGGUUCACUGAGGCAUGGACGACUAAAGCAACGCCCUCGACCGUCUGAUGAGCACUCAAGUCCAGGAGCAACAAAACGCAAGCGUAUGGAGAUGAGUAAGAAGAAAGCGGAUAAAGUUAAAGGGAAGACACAGAGCAGCAAGAAGGCAGCAGCUUCAGACGAUGAUGACGAAGAGGGUGAAUGCAGUGCACCCAAAUGCAUCAGGCCAAAUGAAAGAAAAUUCGUAGAUUGGGUACAGUGUGAUGGUGGAUGCGAAAAAUGGUUCCAUAUGAAAUGCGUGGGUGUACAUAAGACACAAGUGACGGAUGAAGUUGAUUUCUAUUGUGGGAAAUGCAAUGAAACUACCCCCGCAGCUGCUGCUGCAACGGCAACUGCAGCUACAGCAGGAGAUGGGGAUGAACCCAAAGGGGGGAGUGUGGCUGAGGACGUUCUUGUGGCACGUCGUGAAAUGUCCUUUGCGGAUUAUGUGAAGAUGGAUGAUGAGGAUGGCCCAGAAGAUCUCGAGGAGACAACAUCACACAGAUCACCCUCAUCCUACAGCUAUGACUAUCUCUUUGGGUCAGACACAGAGAUGACAUUUGAAGAGGAAGUGGCGCAUCUCAAGGAACUCACGAAGAAUAGUAAAAGUCGUCGGAUGAGGAAGUGAAGAGACAAAGCCGGAACUUCCUUUUUUUAAAUUAAAACAAAAAAAGAAGAAAGAGAGAGAGAGAGGGAAGAAGGUAAAAGAAAAUUCAUUUAUUAAGCUCCUUAUUUUGGUGUGCGUGUGCGUGCGUGUGCGUGCGUGUGAAUUGAGACAAAUUUUUAGGACAAAAUUAAACAAACAAAAAAAAAGAAAAAGAUAAAUGAAUGAAAAUUUUAAAGAAAAAAAUCCUUAGCUCGUAGUUUUUCUUUUGCAGCAGAUGGCGGUAAUUUUUUUUUGAAUUCUGUAUCUUUGUGGUUUAUUAUUUUUAAUGAAUUUUUGACUGAAAUUUUGUUAAUAAUUUUUUUUUCUAAAUAUUUUUAAUGAUUUUGAAAAAGUCUUGAAGAGAAUUCUUUAAAAUUAAUGAGAUAGAAAAAUUUCUUUUUUUUAAAUUAAAAAACCCUUUUUUAUGCUAAAUUCUGCUGCAAAACUUAUUAUAAAAUGUACUAUAUAUCAAUGAGAGAGAAAGAGAGCGAAUGAGUAAACGAGAGAGAGAAAUAUUUGCAAACAAGUAUUAAGUAUUUAUCACAAAAAAAAAAGAAAAUUAUUAAAUAAAAUGAAGAGAAAAAUUGAAGAAAAAAAAAUUUGCAAUUAUUGUGGGAAAUUUUUCCCAAUUUAUAGGUAUAUAUUUCCCACAUACACAAAAGAAAAUACACGCAUAGUUACUAAAAAAAAAAAAAAUAAAAGUAAAUAAAUUAGUAAAAAAAAAAUAGAAGAAGAAUCAACCGUAAUUUAGGAAUGCGUGAGCACCAAAAAAAAUCCAGAAGGUUGGCUGAGAAAGUUUUCAUUUUUUAUUUAAAAAAAAAAAAAGAAAAAUCUUCCGAAAGAAAAUUUAAUUUUUCCUCCCACACCUUGACAAUACAUACCUAUAUUAUAUAUUUUCCUCCUCAUUUUCAUUUAAGAAGAUGUUCAUUUUAUUUGUCGUUCACUGUGUGUAAACUUUCAUUGAAUCAUUUAAUUAAUAUUAUUAAAAAAAAGAAUGAAAAUACAAUUUUAAAUAAAUUUAGUUAAUAGACAGGAAGAAGAAGAAGAAAAAUCUUACCUUUAGAAUUUUUAAUUAUUUCAUUUCGUUUUGCUAUAAGAAAAAAAUUUGAGCGUUGUGUGAGCAUUCUGGUGAAAUUAUAUAGAUUACAAUUAAUUAAUUAAUUAAAUGAAAAUUGUGUUUAAUGGAUAAAAGAGAAAAGAAAAUUAAGUAUAAAUAAUUAUUAUUAGUGAGAAAAAAAAUAAAGAGAUUGAAGUGA